ACCUGCCAAAACACAGAUUAAACUUUGACAUUUUUCACAUGGUUAACAUGGCUUAUUAUUUACGUAAAAAACUUUAAUGAAAAUAUUACAUACCGUACACAACGUACCGGCACAUAUCAACAAUUAGUAUGAGAACUAGAAAAGAGUAACAACUUUCUACAUUUUACUUUUUUGUCCCGACUAUCAAUUAUUACGGCUGCUGAGAACAAUGGAUUCCAGUGAUGAAAUUCUAUCAUUCCUAGAUUUAUUGGAUCUAGACGAGGAGCUGAUAGAUAAAAGAUUAAAUUCUAUAAUGCUAAGAAUUAACCACAGCAACGACCAUUUGAAGAAUGCACUUCAACUAUUACAAUAUAAACAUUUAAUAAACACUCGUGAAGAUUCAGAAUGUGAAAAUAAACGAGAAUGUGAUUUUGUUGUACAGCUCAUUCAGAACGCACAUGAUGAAAACCUAAAAUAUAUUUGUAAGAUACUUAAAAUUGUGCUUAGAUUAAAUCCAUCAACUAUAGUGAGUAAAUCUGAACAUAUACUACAACAGAUAUUAUCGAACAUGGCGCUGCCAGAUAAGCCAGAAACAGAAUUUAAUGAUAAUAAUAAAAAUAUAAUUCUGAACUUAGAAAUCACAAACAGUAUAUUAGAUGCGGUAAUCAGUUCAAAUGAAAAAAUAUCAUUGUUAUUUUUAACAAAUCCUUUAGAAAACAUUUUGUACUGUAAUAAUGAUAAAGUAAAGUUUUAUUUUCUAACUAGUACAGUACCUAAGUUAUUUGAAUGCAUACUAGGCUACAGAAUAUUGGAUCGCAUAUGGGAUCACAUAACAAUAUUACAACUUAAUAACAAUGAGGCUUGCCUGAAAAUUAUGAGUUGUCUGUCUGAUUAUUACUUACCUAGUUUUGAUGCACAAGGAAAUGCAAAAUUUGAAUCAGUCAUUGCAAUGAAAAGUGAAUUCUGGAGUAUGAUAUUAUUGGGUUUAAAUUCAAAUGACACUUCAAUUAGAAGAAUUGCAAUUUACCUUGGUAAAAGGGCUAUAGAUAACUUGAUGUUUCUAAAAAUGGAUUUCAGAGCUAGUAAUGACGAUUUUAUAAUAUUCUUCUGGGAACACAAAAAUGCCAUAACUCACAAGAAAAAUUGGGAAAAUUAUUUCAUUCUUAUUGAGAGUCUAGAAGAAACUCAAAGCAAUAUUGUAUUACCCUCGAUUCAACUAUUUGAUAGCUUAAAGCAUAUUGGCAACCAUUGGCUGAACUGUUGUUUCAACAUAGGCUUGAAACAUGACAAUACUGAAGUAAGAUUGAGAUGUAUUGAAAACAGAUUAAAAGUGAAAUUUUGUUCAAGGAAUGAGGCCAUAACUUUACUAGAAGCUCUUAAUGAUUUAAAUAUUUACCACAACUCCAAAGAGUACAGAUUAUUAAAAGAAAGUAUAUCAAAAUGUUUGUUAGACAGUGAUUGUCUUGAGAGCGUAAUUAAUGUAAUACCGAAUAUUAAAUGGUCACCAGUACCAUUGUAUCAUUUAAGUUAUGUCUUAGGGGAGAUCAAAUUACAAAAUCCAGUCAAUUUUAGAAUUUUUUGUGAUAAAAUCAAAGAGAUAUUAAAAUUACAUUGUACAAAUAUACCUAUAAGAAAAGCGGUCUAUAUAAACAUAUCACAUUUCAUAGCUAAUAACUGUUAUGGUAUUGAUUGGGAAAGUUAUGGUAAUAUCUACCCAUUGUUUCAUUUCGAAUUAUUUGAAAAUCAAAGUUUAAACACUAAUCCAUUUAUCUUGUUAGUUAAUACAAUGUCAGUAGAAAAAGAUGAAGAACAUGAUUUUUUUAAAUUCAUUACAAAAUCAUAUGAAAAUAUUGAUUUUGCUUUGUUAUAUUUAAAACAAAAUGACAAAAACAGGGAUAUAUUUAUUGAAGAAAUAGCCUCAAAAUUGAAGAAUGUAGGAGAAGUGAUCUCUCGACAAUAUUGUGAUAAACUAGAAUGCUUUCGAGAUGUAAUAUAUUUAAUAAAUAUCCACACUAAGACAUUGAAAGAUGAGAACAGUUUUAUGAAAACUUUAAAUAUGAUGAUAUCAAAAGAAUAUUCAGUAAUAUUACAUUACAUAUUAGAACUUCUAAUGAGUGACGUGGUUUUGAGCAUAGAAGAAUUGAAAGUUCUUUUAAAAGAUCAGACUAUAAUGAUAUACAAUACUGAUAAUAACUGUGCUCACAUUCUUCUGCACCUUUUCAAAAGUUCAAUUUUACUGCUGAAUGACGAAAAUACAAAUAUUUUUAAAAAAGCUUUCUCUCUGACAGUAAUCGAUUGUUUGGUCUUUGAAAAUUUGGCAAAUAAUUCUGUACUACUUAAUCAUGUCGAUAAUAUUUUAACUGAAGUGGAAAUUGUUAAAUUUGGAGAAAUGGAUACUAUAAAUAAUGCUGAAAACGUAAGUAAGUUCAAAAAUAUAUUCCAUGAAGAAUCAUGUAUUUUAAUAUACAAAAUUAUGAAUAAGAAAAUUCUGAAUGUAAAAACAAUAGUAAAAUAUGUUGAAAAAGUGAUUGACUGUGGAGGAUAUGGCUGUCUCAAAUGGAUUUUAAAAAUUAUUAAAAAAGUUUUGAAGAAACUGCUCAAUGAUGAUACAAUUCAGUUCGAUAUACCGCAGUUUCUUAACAGAUCAUGGAAAGAAAUUGAAGAAUUGAAGUCAAAUAGUCAGUACACACCAUGUAUAGAAGAAUUUGUGAACAUUAUUACUGAUGAUGAUUUACUAAUGAAGUUAUCAAACAAUAUAAUUGUAUUUUAUUGCAGUAAGAUAAUAGAAUAUGGACCAGCGAGAAAUAUUUCACUAUAUUUUCUGACAAGGCAGUUGAAUAAAAAAGAAAUUUUAACAUCAGAACUAGUGUAUGUUAUAUGUGAAAUUCUGCUAUACAAUCCUGUACUUAAAAAGGAUCAGAGUUUGUUGCAGGACUAUAGAAAAUAUUGAAAUUGAUAUUAAGAAUAAUGGAAAAUUUAAAUUGAAAGAUAAAAGCUUCCGCAAUCAUCACAACUACGAAAUACAGUACCUGGCGUUGUCUACUCUAAGUAAAAUAAAUGACUUGGAAACGCUAAAAAUAAUUAUCAACAUUUUCAUGAAUAAAAUGAAUGAAGUGUUCAAGAAUAAAGUCAGAUAUCACGGCAAUUCUCAGACGCACAGGCUCAUCGCGACGGCUCUACAGAAUACACUGUUCAUUGCGUUGUUAGAUUCGAGAACAAUCGACGAUGGCGCAAUGGAUUGGUGUUUGAAACUAUUAGGAAAAUUACCUCAUCAAGCCAGUGUUAAAAUCUAUCUUGAAUGGCAUAUUUCUUUAUGUUUGUAUUUGAAGAAAAUUAUUCUCAAUGAGGACUUACAAAAACUCCUUGGCUCGUACAAUAUCCCAAUAUCAUCACAGUUCAUGAUAUUGUACUGGUUAAUGAAACGCAAAUUGUCGACAAAACGAUUCGUUAACGACGAAUAUGAUUUUGUGAUGGACACUUUGCUGUCGCACACUAUGGGACAGAUGUUCAACACCAGACUCCACGCUCAAUAUCUAGCCGCAGACUUGUAUCGGCGUAACGAGAUUCACGCAGCCAAAUACGAAUACACAAUUCGAGUCAUAGAAAAAACGUUUGCCGAAAGUAAAAGAGACAAGAACUUUCUGAAACUGAAAAACGAUUAUUUUGUUAAUAAUUUCGAUAUAAUCAAUAAUCUAACACCGUAUUUCAUUUAUGAAUGUUCAUCGAAAUUAUCUGACGCUACUCUCAAUGAGGUAAAAGAUUUGGAAACAGUAAAACAUCAAUUGAAUGUUAUUAAUGAAAAUAUAAAAAUAGAUAUGGGUGACGAUUUGAAAACUGAGUGGCUACGGGGACAUGCGUCUGACGAAGAAUUUGAAGAAUACGAACGUAUUUGUGUGUUAAAUCAAAGGGAAGACUACAGUAAGGAAUGUGUGGGAACAAUACAGAAGAAAUAUAUACCGUGGAAGAAUAUGAGUGAUGUUAACUCGUAUGAUCACAGCAAAAAGAAAGAGAUCAUCGGAGACUUGAUAGUGGUAGCUUCUUUAGUAGAUAAAUUGCCGAACUUGGGCGGCAUGGCCCGGACCAGCGAGGUGUUCGGGGUGAGGAGCUACGUGGUGGGCAGUCUGCGGCACCUCCAGGACAAGCAAUUCCAGGGAUUGAGUGUGUCAGCCGAGCGAUGGAUAGACGUUGAGGAAGUGAGACCCGGUCAGCCUCUGAAAGAGUUUCUGGCCAACAAGAAGUCGGAAGGUUACUCUGUGGUGGCAGCCGAGCAAACGUCGACCAGCGUCAAACUGGAAAGCUUUAAAUUUCCAAAGAAAACUGUUUUAUUACUCGGACACGAGAAGGAAGGCGUGCCGUGCGACCUGCUGCCGCUCAUGGACCAGUGCGUGGAGAUCCCGCAGCGCGGCGUCGUGCGCUCGCUCAACGUGCACGUCGCCGCCGCCAUAUUCGUCUGGGAGUACACCAGGCAAAACGUCUUGUGACCUCAACACUGCAAUACGAAAUAAACGAUUGUAUAUAUAU